CUCUCUCAGCUGAUUGAACAGUUCAGGUGGGUCGUGCGCGGUUUCCUUGGGCUCGCUGGGUUCAUGUAUAUGACACAGGAGUCAGUGUCGCGUGCUUCUUGUACGAAAAGUCGUCACAUUUAUCUUGUCUGCGCUGAGCAUCGAUUUUCUCCACGCCAAACUUGUUCCCACGCUGCCUGAGACCCACCACGGUUUACUUACUUGUUGGUCACUUCUCAUUGGUUUGCCAUGGCUACACGUGUGCGACCGAGUAGUAAACGGUGUGCGGUCAUCGGGGGGUCCGGUUUCUUGGGCAGACACCUGGUGGAGAAGCUGCUGGACCGAGGCUACUCUGUUUCUGUGUUUGACAUCCGUCAGAGCUACGAGCUGCCUGGCGUAACCUUCUACCAGGGAGACCUGUGCGACAAACAAGCUCUGCUGGCAGCUUUGAAGGAUGUGUCCUUGGUCUUUCACUGUGCCUCCCCAUCGCCUGCCAGUGACCGUGCUCUCUUUGAGAGGGUCAACAUCCAGGGCACACAGACUGUUAUCCAGGCCUGCAUAGAGUCUGGAGUACAGAGGUUGGUCCUGACCAGCAGUGCCAGUGUGGUGUUUGAAGGGACCGACAUUAAGAAUGGGAGAGAGGAUCUGCCGUAUGCCAAGAAGCCCAUUGACUACUACACAAAGACCAAAAUUGAGCAGGAGAAGUUGGUCCUCAAGGCUUGUGACAAUCAAAAGGGCUUCCUCACAGUUGCAAUUCGGCCUCACGGCAUCUUUGGUCCUCGAGAUCCACAGCUGGUUCCCAUCCUGGUGGACACGGCUCGCAGGGGCAAAAUGAAAUUCAUCAUUGGUGAUGGAACCAAUCUGGUAGAUUUCACCUUUGUGGAGAAUGUAGUUCACGGACACAUUCUGGCUGCUGAACGGCUGAGAGCAGACUCCCCAAUAUGUGGGAAGCCAUAUCACAUAACCAACGAUGAGCCAAUUCUCUUUUGGGACUUUAUGUCUCAAGUAUUGGUGGGUCUCGGAUAUCCUCCUCCCCGCUACUACCUCCCUUACAGUUUGGUGUACGGACUGGCCCUUCUCCUCUGGCUGCUGUCCGUCCUCUUGAGUCCUUUAAUAUCUUUCAAGCCAACUUUUACACCUAUGAGAGUGGCUCUGGCUGGAACCCACCACUACUACAGCUGUAAACGUGCCAAAGAAGACCUGGGCUACACACCGGUGGUCAGCCUGAAGGAUGCGAUUGCACGCACCGUGGAGAGCUAUCCUCAUCUCAGAUGCGAGGCUUGACAGGUGGCUGGAAUUACAGACUGCUGAGACAUGUAGAGCUCUGGGCAUUAAUACAAUUAAACUCAUAAUGAGAAUAUUGUGAUGUGGUUAUACUAAAUGGAAAAUGAUGGAAGUAACUAGUGAUAGUUAAACUUCACCAUGUGAAGGAUUUGUAUGUCUUUUUUAUUUUUCAUGUAGCAUUUCCACCAGUAGAUGGCAGCAGAUGGUGUUGGUACUGGUGUCCUUGUUGCCAUCUGAUCAUACACAAACUGUACAGUACAUCUACUCUUAAUACCAGUACAGUGAUCACAGCUGAUUUUUGUUGUCUUCUGUUCUUUUGUACUUGUAAACACUGAGAUGCUGCUCUUGAGAUUUCAAAAUGCCUUCUUACAUUCCUCUACAUGCUCUUGAUAGAACAUAUAUAUUUACAUGUGAGUAAUACAAUAUAUGAUUAUAUGUAUGUUUGGCCUGGAACAGACUUUGCACAAGUUUCUGACUUGCUGUUAAGUGAAAUGUUCAGCGAUACUGUAGACAGUCUUGUGCUUACAUAUUUGUUCCAACUGUCUGGGCAGAGAGCCCUUUGCUGAUUAAACAUGACAAUGCCCUCAUGCACAAAGUGA